AUGAGUAUUAUCCCUGGAAUUAAUUAUAAUAAACAAUCCUUUGUGGUUCCUGGAACAGAGCGGGAUGGACAAACUGGUCAUUAUAGGAAUGCAAUUCUUCCUGACGGUCAAUUGAAAAUAUCUCCGGCUCCUGGACUCACCCGUUUACAUGAUAUCUGGCAAAAUUCAUUGAAGAAAUUUAGAAAUAGAGAAUGUUUAGGGAUCCGUCAAUUUGAUGAAAAAACAAGAAAUUUUGGUGAUUAUAUAUGGCAGACAUUUGAACAGGUUAACGAACGAAUCAUAAAUUUUGGAAGUGGGCUUUUGCAUCUUAAAUCAAAUAUAAUCAAAGAUGGCCAAGUUGAAAAGUUUAUUGUUGGGAUUUGUUCUGUUAAUCGUCCUGAGUAUCAAAUAGUUUACCAAAGUGCAUCUGCAUACAAUUUAAUAGUUUGUCCACUAUACGAAACUCUGGGUCCCGAAAAUUUAGAAUAUUGUCUGAAACAUACAGAAGCUUCAAUAGUAAUUGUCGCCAAAUCACACAUCAAAAAGCUGCUAAAUCUUUCCGGAAAACUUUCUACCUUAAAAGCUAUAAUAUCACUUGAUUCUCUUGACGAUCCAGCCUGCAAAUUUCUAAAAUCUGAAGCAUCUCAAAAAAACAUCCUUCUUUAUGAAUUUUCACAAAUUGAAAAGCUUGGGCAACAACAUUUUAGGGAGAGUAAUUCAUCUCAUCCUGAUGAUUUAUUUGUAAUCAUGUACACUUCAGGAACGACAGGUUUACCUAAAGGCGUAAUGAUAAGUCAUGGUAAUCUCUUAGCAGCGAUGUGUUCUGUUUACCACGAUGAUGAUGAGGCUCCAGGCUCUCGAUCAAUCUCUUAUUUACCUUUGGCUCACAUUUUUGGUGUCAUAGUAGAAUCCCUUGCAAUAAUGUAUGGUAUCUCAAUUGGCUAUUACAGUGGUGACCAAAACAGAUUGCUCGAAGAUGUCCAGGUUUUGCAACCUAUAUCAUUUCCCAGUGUGCCUAGAUUAUUUAAUAAAUUGUAUCAAAUUAUGAAAGCCGCUACAAUUGAUGCUCCUGGUGAGGAAGGAGAGAUAGCAAGACAAGCAUAUCAGAAGAAGUUGGCGCAUUUUAAAAAAACUGGAGAGUUGAAAUACGAAGAAUGGGACAAAUUGGCAGAGAAAAAGAUUUGCGGGAUUCUUGGCAAAAAUAUAAGGUCUUUAUUUUGCUCUGCGGCAUCAUUGAGCGAAAAUGUUAUGGAAUUUUUAAAAGUCGCCCUUGGUGUUGUUUUUGUUCAAGGAUAUGGGCAAACAGAAUCUACGGGAGCUGGAUCAAGAGUCCUUAUUGGUGAUAGUAUGACAUCCCAUUUAGGAGCGCCUUCACCAUGUGUUGAAGUCAAGCUUGUAGAUAUUCCAUCUUUAAAUUACUACAGCACUGAUAAACCAAAUCCAAGGGGUGAAAUUUGUCUUAGGGGCGCUUCAAUUAUGAAAGCCUACUUUAAAGAUGAAAAAAAGACAAAAGAAACUAUAGAUGAGGAAGGAUGGUUGCAUACUGGAGAUGUGGGGGAGAUUAAUGACCGUGGCUGUCUAAAAAUUGUCGAUAGAGUUAAAAAUAUAUUUAAGUUAGCUCAGGGUGAAUACAUUGCCCCUGAAAAAAUUGAAAAUAUCUAUCUCAAAGACAUUUUAUUAUCACAAAUCUUUGUCCAUGGCGAACAGAAUCAACGCUUUUUAGUCACAAUAAUUGUUCCAGACAGAGAAAUGUUUAUUCCUUGGGCAAGCCAAAUUGUUAAAGGUUUAGAUUAUGAAGCACUAGUGAAAAAUAGUAUUAUUGUCAAUGAAUUUUUGAAACGGUUAAGUACACUUGGAAAAAAUAACGGACUUAAAGGAUUUGAACAAGUUAAAGCAAUACACUUGGAUACUGUGCCAUUUUCAAUCGAAAAUGGGCUAUUAACUCCAAC